AUAUAACACAUGAAUGACAUGAUAUCUAAACAAAUCAUAUGAGACUUGGACAAUCAUGUGAAUCACACACUUUUUUAUAGUUAAAGAUAAAAUAUACAAAUAAAAAAAUAUUUUUAAAGAGUGAUUAAGCAUGUGUUUUGUCAAAAGGCAGAUUGGAUUGAUAUCCGAAUAAUAAUAAAACAUCAAAACCUCGCAUCCAUUCAAUCUGUGUUGAGAUCAAAACCCUAAUCAACAACCGACGAUGUCUUCGACGUUCUCCGGCGACGAAACUGCUCCGUUUUUCGGCUUCCUCGGCGCCGCUGCUGCGUUGGUCUUCUCUUGUAUGGGAGCAGCCUAUGGGACGGCAAAGAGUGGCGUUGGAGUGGCUUCAAUGGGAGUGAUGAGGCCAGAGUUGGUAAUGAAGUCAAUUGUGCCGGUGGUUAUGGCUGGAGUGUUGGGUAUUUACGGUCUGAUUAUUGCCGUGAUUAUUAGUACUGGGAUUAACCCUAAGGCCAAGUCUUAUUAUCUGUUUGACGGAUACGCUCAUCUUUCUUCUGGUCUUGCUUGUGGUCUGGCUGGUCUUUCUGCUGGUAUGGCCAUUGGAAUCGUCGGUGAUGCUGGUGUUAGGGCUAAUGCACAACAACCUAAACUUUUCGUUGGAAUGAUCUUGAUUCUCAUUUUUGCUGAAGCUUUGGCCCUCUACGGUCUUAUUGUUGGCAUCAUUCUUUCUUCUCGAGCUGGUCAAUCCAGAGCAGAUUAGAAUCGUUGAUCGUGGGUCUCACUCACGAGUGCCUUAAAUUGAUCAAUAUUCUUCUCCUCUUGUUAGAGGUAUGGUUUGUUUUACCUUUCUUUGGUGUAGCUUGUAGACUAGAUUCUUGUACUCCCUUCAAUAAAGUCAUUUUGAUGCUAUUUUUUUUUUUUUUGCAAAAAUAAGUCUUGGGACAUGUCGAGAUCUGGAAAUCAUGGAUUGCGGUUUAUUUGUAUUGUACAAGUUAUAAUAACAUUUUAUUUUCAAAGUAGUUGUUUUGCCUAUUAUGUUA